GAAGCAUGUCUGGGCGAGGUAAAGGCGGGAAAGGCUUGGGCAAAGGAGGCGCCAAGAGGCACAGGAAAGUCCUCCGGGAUAACAUCCAGGGGAUUACGAAGCCCGCCAUCCGCCGGCUGGCUCGGCGCGGGGGCGUCAAGCGGAUUUCGGGGCUCAUCUACGAGGAAACGCGGGGCGUCCUGAAGGUCUUUCUGGAGAACGUGAUCCGCGACGCGGUGACUUACACCGAGCACGCCAAGAGGAAAACGGUCACGGCCAUGGAUGUGGUCUACGCCCUGAAGCGCCAAGGCCGGACUCUCUACGGCUUCGGCGGCUAAUUUUUGUGGGGAAAUCGGAUCGGAACGGAAGAAAAGAACGGAAAAGGCCCUUUUCAGGGCCGCUCCAGUUUUCCAGAAAAGAGCUGAGCGUCCGAUGCAAAGGGCGAGAAGCAGAGCGUUGCAUUUACCAAAGCUAUAUUCUUCCUUGGCGAAGGUUGUUUAAAAAUUCGCCGCUAAUUUCCCAAAGGGAGCGAAUGAAACUUAAAAAGCCAAUGAAAAUUUU